AUGGCCAACUUAAGAUACACAGAAGAUUACCAUACCUAUUUUGAUCCAAAAACCUACCUUGAACUGUUUUAUAAAAAAUUUAAAGUGGAAGACGAUGCGGAUGGAUCUGCGAUGCCAUUUAUUAAAGCAUUUCAUGAGUUUUGGUCAAAUUUUACAGCAUCACCAGACACUGAAGUUCGAUAUCUUGAGUUUGGUGGUGGCCCUUGUAUAGCCAACAUUAUCUUUGCCUGCCCAAAAGUGGAUUAUAUUGUGUUUGCCGAGUAUACCGAAGCAAACAGACAAGCUGUGAAGUCUUGGAUUGCUGGCGACCCGAAGGCUCAUGAUUGGAUGGCUCUAAUUGAAAUUGCUGUUCUAGAGCUCGAACAGGGGUGUGGCACGGGUGAGGGCAACAACACCAAAUGUCCUAUGGCCUUAACUGAAAAAGAUAAGCUUGACAGAGUACUAAAUCGUGCCAAUGAAGUGAAACAAAAAAUCAAGUCCAUUGUACCAUGUGAUGUGACCAAAGCACCAAUAGUCCAACUUGACAGUGAUGAUAUUGCCAAACCAUUUGAUGUUGUGUCCACCAGUUUGUGUCUAGAGGCAUGUGUGUCGUCUGAGGUGCACUACAAGAACACUGUCACAGAACUUUGCAAAUUACUCAAACCGAACGGUUACCUAUUUAUGAACGGCGUGCUGGAGCAGUCGUUUUAUUUGGUCAGCAAAGAAAAGUUUUAUACCUUUCCCUUAACUGAGAAAAUGGUGAAAGAAGCAAUGAAAGAAGCAGGAAUACAAAUUGAGAAAUUUGUAACAAUUCUGGUAGAUUACUCAGAAGAGUGUGAUUGUAAAGCUUUAUUUUAUACUUAUGGCAGAAAAUCUGCAGGAAAGUGA